AUGCAUCGACAACUAUUACUCUCUGUUUUAAGUCUAGUUUUAUUCGGAAUGAGCGCUAGUUGGGCAGCUAAUUGGGCGGUACUUGUAGCUGGUUCUCGUGAUUGGGUGAACUAUCGUCAUCAAGCUGAUGUAUGUCAUGCUUAUCAAAUUCUACACAGAAAUGGUAUUCCUGAUUCGAAUAUUAUUGUCAUGAUGUACGAUGAUUUAGCUCAUCAUUGGCGAAAUCCGACAAGAGGUAUUAUUAUUAAUCAUCCUAAAGGAACAGAUGUUUAUCAUGGAGUACCUCACGAUUACACUGGCAAAGAUGUGACACCAAAUAAUUUCAUCAAUGUUUUGCUUGGUAAUAAAGAAGCGAUGCGAAAUGUUGGCAGUGGCAAAGUUCUUGAAAGUGGUCCUGAUGAUAAUGUUUUUAUCUAUUAUACCGAUCACGGUGCCGUUGGCUUAGUUGCCUUUCCAUCGGAUGUGCUCUAUGCUAAAGACUUGAAUCAAACAAUUACCACGAUGUACAAUCAAAAGAAAUAUAAACAAAUGGUUAUUUAUAUUGAAGCUUGUGAAUCUGGUUCAAUGCUUGAAGAUAUUCUAUCCGAUAAAAUUAAUGUUUAUGGAACUACAGCAGCAAAUGCUCAAGAAUCAUCAUAUGCUUGUUACCAUGAUUUAUUACGUGGUACUUAUUUAGGUGACGUUUAUUCAGUUGUUUGGAUGGAAGAUUCUGAUGCUGAACAAAUUGAUAAAGAAACAUUAUAUCAACAAUAUUUAAUAACACAACAGAAAACAAAUGCCAGCCAUGUUAUGCAAUAUGGAGAUCUUAAUUUAGCUAAAUCUCACAAUGUAAGUGAAUUUCAAAGUGUACAAAAGUCGAAUAUAUCCAACCACAAUAUUUUUAUGGAUCAUUAUAAUAAUUUACUUAGACGUGAUGCUGUACGUGCUGAAGAUGUUCGUAUUGAAAUUGUUAAAUAUCGUUUAGCAGUUGCUAAAGAGAAUUCAAUUGAAGAAAAAGAAUUACAAAAUGAACUCGCUCAAUUAUACAAUGAUCGAAAUAUAAUUUUCAAUAGUUUGUAUCAAAUAGCGUCAAUAGCAUUAUCAUUAAAUCGUGGAAAUUAUAUCGAAAUGAUUAUACAAAAACCUAUGAAAUUGACUCAACAUGAUUGUUAUAAAUCUGUUACACAACAUAUUCAUAAAAAAUGUUUUGAUCUUCAGGUUUGUUCAGUGCUGCCACCUUUUGAAGUCCAAAAAGCAGGAAAUUAUUUAUAA